UUCAAGCAGCAUUAUUCCUCCUCAUACCGUUCACGUUGCGGCGCGCCCGUGGUUUCUUGGAACGUUCCUUUAAAACUGCUUUUUAUAACGGUCGCGCUUUGGAACCCAGGAUAACGAGCAUCAUCCUCACUACUAAGCAACAGGGUUCUCUGUUCCGAUUCCAGGAAGGCAAGUAUCAGAUUUUAGACGUAAGUGAAGUGCAAUGGGGAAUCUUUUCUGUUGUGUACAAGUUGGACAAUCGACAGUGGCUAUGAAAGAACGAUUUGGGAGGUUUGAAGAGGUACUUGAGCCAGGAUGCCAUUGCAUGCCGUGGAUUAUCGGAAGUCAACUUGCUGGCCAUCUCUCUCUGAGGCUUCAGCAACUGGAUGUCCGGUGUGAGACCAAGACAAAGGAUAAUGUAUUUGUCAAUGUUGUUGCUUCUGUUCAAUACCGUGCUCUGGCUGAUAAGGCUUAUGAUGCAUAUUACAAACUCACCAAUACAAGGUCCCAAAUCCAAGCCUAUGUUUUUGACGUAAUCAGAGCGAGUGUUCCGAAGCUAAAUUUGGAUGAUGCUUUUGAGCAGAAAAAUGAAAUUGCAAAAGCAGUGGAAGAAGAACUUGAGAAGGCUAUGUCAGCUUAUGGCUAUGAAAUCGUUCAAACACUGAUUGUUGAUAUCGAGCCAGAUGAGCAUGUCAAGCGGGCUAUGAAUGAAAUCAAUGCUGCUGCAAGAUUGAGGGUGGCAGCUAAUGAGAAGGCAGAAGCAGAGAAAAUUUUGCAAAUUAAGCGAGCUGAGGGUGAGGCAGAGUCCAAGUAUCUCUCUGGAAUGGGUAUUGCUCGGCAACGUCAAGCAAUUGUGGAUGGUUUAAGAGACAGUGUGCUUGGAUUCUCAGUAAAUGUACCAGGAACCACUGCUAAAGAUGUGAUGGACAUGGUGCUUGUGACUCAGUAUUUCGAUACCAUGAAAGAAAUUGGUGCUGCCUCCAAAUCUUCUGCUGUGUUCAUUCCUCAUGGACCUGGUGCCGUUCGUGAUGUAGCCACUCAAAUUCGGGAUGGACUUCUUCAGGCUUCUCAUCAGUAGCUUCUAUAUCACCCAGCUCUUUUAUCUGGUUUGUACAGCUAUGGAUGAGACUGUGUUGACUAUUCGCGUGGAGGGUAUCUAUGAACUGUGCUUUCUGAUCUUGUUUUGUGGCAACAAUCAGUAUUACUGUAGAUAAUAGUUCUGUGGAUUGGUGGGCCAUGCCCUUUUUAAAUACCCUGCUUUGGAUACUUAAAACCAUCAACUGCCCCUGUAGGUUACCUGUUUUCUUUGGUGUGAAUGGUGAUUUCAAGGAAAUUUCUUUUCUUUUGUUUA